AUGUCGUGCGCAGAAACGGACGCAGAGGCACGCGCAUUCCUAGAGUGGUUUGCCGUGCACCAUGGCUGGAUCGAUCAAGGGUGCUCGCUAAAGCAUGUACCUAACAUGGGCCGUGGCCUUGUGGCAACCCGCAACUUUAGCGAAAAUGAACGUGUAUUUGCGAUCCCACGCGCCGUCUUGCUGAACCUCGGCACGAGUGCAUUGGAGCCAAUGUGCAAGGCUGCCGAAGCAGUCACGGGAGGGCAGCCUGCAUUUCUGUGGGACUCUAUUGUGCAGCGAGGCUGGUGCUCUUUGAUUUUGAUGCUCAUGUGGGAGCACUGGCGCGCUUCCAGGCCGCCCACGUCGCAGCAUCUCCUGUGGGGUCCGUACUUUAGUGUCAUGCCAUCCACCUUCUCCACUCCAAUGUUUUGGAGUGCAGAUGAUCUGAGGCAAUUGGAUGGCACCGAUAUUCCGGAAAAGGUUGGCCGCGCAGAUGCUGAAAAAGAUUACCUUAGCUGUGUCUUGCCGUACAUCCAGCAGUUUCCCGAGCUCUUUGUCGGCGUCAGUGGUGAUGCUGCCGCAUCAGAAAUUGAACAGUGGUACAGCUUAGAUAUGUACCAUCGCAUGGGCUCUUCGAUCUUGAGCCGCAGCUUUCAUGUGAAGCGCGAUUUGUCGCAUGCGGAUGCGGACGAUGCAGAUAUCCACUCUGAGCCUACCCUAGGCGGCGUCACACGCGACAUUCCCGGAAUGGCAGAUGACUCGGGUGACGAGGCAAUGGAGGCCGAUGACGACGAGGAAGAGGAGGAAGAGGAGGAGGAGGAGGAGGAGGAAGAGGAAGAGGAGGAGGAUGUACGGGAUAUUUCGAUGGUGCCCAUGGCAGACAUGCUCAACGCCCAGUUUGGAUCGGAAAACACACGACUCUUUUACAAACGUCAUGUGCUUGAGAUGCGCUGUACAAAGCCCAUUGCCGAAGGCGAGCAGUUCCUUAACACCUACGGAAAUCCACCGAACAGCGAUCUGCUUCGCCGGUACGGCUUUGUCGACGAGCCCAACCGUGACGACCUGGUAGAGCUGCCCGCAUCACUUCUUGUCCAAGCAGCCACAGAGAAGCUCGUGCUUGCCACCGAGGGCGAUCGAGACCAAAUCCAGCGCCUAGUCGCCCUCCGAUUUGAGUUUGCCGCGCUAGAGCUCGGCCUCGACGACGUCUUUUUGCUUCAGCGGCUCAGUAAGCCCGAUGAACGUGUGCCGUACGGCUCGACACUGGCCUUGGAAAACAGCAUAUUGAAUGCCGCACAGAAAAAGACGCUGAGCCGCGCGACGCGUGCGAUUCCCGAAGAACUCGUUGCGUUUGUGCGUCUGCUUCUUGCGCCGCGCGCAGCAUUUGAAAAGGCCAAAGAGCGCUCCGCACUGCCCAGCGCUCGACUUGACGCGGUCGAAGAGCUCGAUGCCAGCUGGCCGCGCAGUGCUUUGCGUGCCGACGCCGAUUUACGCGUCAGCGUAGCGUCUGUUAUUUUGGACGCUGUGCGUCUGCGCUUGGCAAAGUAUCCCACGCCUUGGCAGGCUACUGCCGCAGCAUUGUGUGGAAACACACAGCCCCAAGACGUACCUGUUCGUAUGGCGCUUGUCGUCCGUGCAGGGGAUGAAACAAUUCUUUUGGAGCACGAAACAGUGCUGCAGCUUUUAGCACAGCUCGCCGCGCGUGCUGUACAGGCCGAGCAAGAGGAUGAGAUGAAAAGUAAGCGUAGAAAGAGGUAG